GCGGUCCGUGGAUUUAUUUACUUAAAGUAACAUUAAAUCAAACAUUUGACAGUUGAGUUGUUGUUGAUUUUGCUAAAUUCACAUUGCUAUUCGUUACUUUGCUAAUGCCAAUAAGCUGGCAACCUAGCUAGCUUCACUGCUCAACAGUAACGGUAGCUAGCUAACAUAAAUCUCUUGUAAUACGGUUUUAUAAACGAGAAUAUAAAAAUAAUGUCUGGACCAAACGGAGACCCAAACAUCUCAAUGGACGAUGGUAUUAUUAACGAUGAAGAUGAAUUCGGGGACGAAGAGUAUGAAGCUAUCAACUCCAUGCUAGAUCAGAUCAACACCUAUCUCGAUGACCUGGAAGAGCGGAAUGAUUCACUCAACGGUAAACUGCAUGAACUAAUGGAGUCGAACCGACAAGCCCGGCUGGAGUUCAGGGCCCAACUGCUCGGCUCCAAGACAGAGGAGGGGCAAGACGGGGACUCCUCCUCAACAAGCAAGGAAGACCUGGACAAGGACGGCGGAGACUGCAAAUGAGUGAUGAGGGGGGUGGAGUUUCGGAAGAUGAAGAGAUGGAAAUAUUUAUGAAAGUUGACUCAACUCCUAACCUCUGUCUGUUGGACUGAUGACCACCUCUGAUUUAUCUGUGAAUUUAUCCGCCAGAUGUGUGUGUACAACAGUGAUAUGUUGCUUCUCCUCGAUCAUUCAACUCCGUCUAGUUUUUCCUCCUUUAUUGAACUGUGCUGUGCUGAUGUUUGUGUCCUUUGCAGAUUGGAGUUUAUUGACCUCUAACAGCUUCUUAUAGAAGUUGCAUUUCAUAGUCACCUGGGACCAUUACAGUGAGAUCGAAGUCACAUGUUUCGACAUAUUAAAAGUUGGGUAGACAUCAGCUGAUCAAGAGACUCUCCAUGGUUAAUUCAAGAAUAGCUCAGAAUCGAACUGCUCUGUAUUGUGUUGAUCCAUUUAGUGUUGACAGUCAGCUUUGUAAUAGCUGCACAGUCCCUGUCUGUUUUCUCCCCAAAAAUAAAUAUGCAACAUUCCCGACAAAACUGUCCUGUUAAUUUUCAUGAACCUGUUUAGGAAAAGUGAUGGCAAUCUUUAAAGUGUUUGUAAACUGCUCGGCAGAAAAGUCUAAAUGAAUUCAACAAAGUGUGGGAAUCAUCAGACCUUUUAAUAUAAAUUAAAAUGACCCCUCAAACAGAAAACAAAAAUCCAAAAAUACAUGGAACCUCCAGCAGUUAGAAAACAUCACCGGUUUGUUCAUCUCAAUUUAGUCAGUAGUUGAAUAAAAAUACAAUAAGAAACAUACAGCUUUGUUUGAAAUGAUCCUUUCAUGUCCUUGUUUUCUCGCUUGCUCCUUUCUCUUCGUAAGUUUCAUGUCUCGUUCCUUCAGACAGAACAUGAUGCGUUACUAAUCGUGCGACAGUCGCCACCAUGACUACAAGAGUUGCUACAUGCGUCAGCCAACCACUUUUGUGGUUUAAAAUAUCCUUCUCUAAUAUGGAUGAAAUGUUUUCAGCACACCAGUCAUGACGCCUUGUGACCUCUGAAAUGCUGGACCAAAAUUAUACAUUUGUGUAAUCUGUAACUGGGAUAAUCUACUUUAUGUUCCUGCUGCUUAAAAUUCAGUUCAAAGUCUGCGAGAACAUUAAAUACUAACAGACACUUCAUGGUUUGCCC